AUGGCGUGCCAGCUCGACAAGAUGUGUAUUGGCCCAAACCCAUUAACUGGUAUUCCCGAGUUUACCUCAUUUCACGAAGAAAGGAAGCAUAUCCUCUUGCAUAUGGCCGCAGUCUUUAGAAACUGGGCUCGCAUCGGCUUUACCGAAGGUAUCUCAGGCCACAUCAGCGUCCGCGACCCUGAGCAUGAGAACUGCAUCUGGAUGAACCCUAUCGGUAAACACUUUGGCCUCAUGAACGCAAGUGAUAUGGUCUGCUUGGAGAUUACUACCGGCCGUGUUGUUGGGGGGAACCGCAACCGUCCCGUCAACGCCCCCGGGUUCCUCAUCCACUCGGAGAUACACAAGGCCCGGCAUGAUGUGCAUUCAAUCUGCCAUGCGCACACCAUGGCAGGUCGCGCGUGGACAGUAUUUGGAAAACCACUGGAGAUGAUCACACAGGAUGUGUGCGACCUUUACGGGGUCAUUGCUACCAUGAAUGAGUACAGUGGCAUCGUCACUGCGGAGGAGGAGGGACAGGAGAUUGCGCGCUGGCUUGGGCCAAGGGGCAAGGCCGCUCUGCUCCUCAACCACGGGCUACUCACGGUUGGUUCCACAGUGGACGAGGCGUCAUUCUUGUUCGGACUGCUCGAUCGCAGCUGCGACAUCCAACUGCGGGUGGAGGCAGCCAGGUGUGGUAAUCCAACGUUGCAGAAAAACAUCAUUCCCGACGAGCUUGCUCGCCUCAACUUCUCAAUGGCAGGCGAGAAGAAUUGGUUGUAUAUAGAGGCCCAGCCGGACAUUGAGUAUGAGAUUGAGAUGGCAGGAGACGCCAUUGGGCAGGGCAUCGAUGAUAUGAAUGUAGAUUUCCUGUAG